UAUUUUUGUUCUUGUUGGCGUUCAAACCCUAGCAUCAGCACCACACAAUUUCUUUUCCAUAGAUUCUCAAAACUUCAAAGAGUUGCUGAAUUAGGUUUUUUUUCUUCAAGUCAUAGAUUUCCCUUCUUCUGUGUUCCUUUGGAAAAUAUUUCCACAACAUGGAUGCUCAGAGAGCUCUUCUGGAUGAACUCAUGGGUUCAGCGCGUAAUUUAACAGAGGAAGAACGAAGAGGAUACAAGGAAGUUAUGUGGGAUGAUAAGGAGGUCUGCGGGUUCUAUAUGGUUCGGUUUUGCCCACAUGAUCUUUUCGUAAAUACUCGGAGCGACCUUGGUCCUUGUCCUAGGAUACAUGACCAGAAAUUGAAAGAAAGCUUUGAAAAGUCACCCAGGCAUGAUGCUUACGUUCCCAAAUUUGAGGCUGAACUUGCUCAGUUUUGUGAGAAAUUGGUAAUGGACUUGGAUCGACGUGUUAGGCGUGGACGAGAGCGUCUUGCCCAAGAGGUUGAACCUGCACCACCCACUCCACUGUCAGCCGAGAAGUCGGAGCAAUUAUCUGUGCUGGAGGAAAAAAUAAAGAAUUUAUUGGAACAGGUGGAGGCCCUUGGUGAAGCGGGUAAAGUUGAUGAAGCUGAAGCACUGAUGAGAAAGGUGGAUUCACUCAAUACUGAAAAAACAGCCUUGACUCAACAAACCCAAAAUGACAAGGUACUGAUGCUUGCUCAAGAGAAAAAAAUGGCCCUUUGUGAGAUAUGUGGUUCUUUUCUUGUAGCAAAUGAUGCUGCAGAGAGAGUUCAGUCUCACGUCACAGGUAAGCAGCACGUUGGUUAUGGUAUGGUCAGAGAUUUCAUCACUGAGCACAAGGAAGCAAAGGAGAAAGCAAGGGAAGAAGAAAGAUUAGUUAGGGAGAGAGAGGCAGAAGAACGGAGGAAGCAGAGAGAAGAGCUUGAGAGAAGAAAGAGAAGUGGCUCUAGUGACGACAAAUAUCGUGACAGAGAGCGAGACAGGGAUCGAGAUAGGUAUCGCGAACGAGACCGAGAUCGUGUAAGGUCUAGAAGAGGUGGCCGUGAUGAAAUAAGAGGAAUGGAUUGGAGGUCUAGGAAUGGAAGAGAUGGAGGUAGAGAUAGGUAUCGCGAUCGGAGCAGGUCAAAAUCCCCUGUAAGACGUGGUCCCAGGAGAUCAUCUAGAAGUCCAGUGCGCCCAUAACUAUGAACUGUGUUGGUGGGAGGUCUGAGCUUUGGGACUAAUUGAGCUGUGUUGACUGUAUCAUCUCCCUUUCAUCAUUAUUAUUAGAGGAGAAAAGGGUUGAGGUAGGUACUUUUUUUGUGACUUCUUCAAGUAUAGUUUGACUUUUGAUUUGCACAUUUUUUAUAAUAGAUUCUUAUAAAAGACAGUUCAACGUCUCUUCUACUUUUUCAUAUUGGGUGAGCUUGCACUACUUCGGUGUUUGUCACGUGUUUAAUAGGCCAGGACAAAAUAUAUGCAUAUUUGACUACUGCUGAGAGGGCCGACGUUUAUUUUCUCAUUUUUGAGGUAACAUUAUAAAUCUUAUCUCUUUCUUAAGACCAUUUGAUCAACAAUUCAUGUUAUCAACCCUGCAUCCGAGGUGUAUUUUGGUCUUCAAAUGAUAUGUAUAUUACUAGUGAGCGUGAUUAUUUGUUGCCCAUGUUUUCUAAAGUAUAUAUAUUAUCUGGUGUUGAGAAUAGAAUCUAGGGGAACGUGGGUAGUAUUAGCAUCAUGGUGGAACAUGCCUUGUUCUUUUUUUAGCAGAAUGGAAGUUUGUAUUACAUAAAUGGAGCUCGAUAAUACCUACUAAAAGGAGGUAUAACUUUUAUUGAGUACAGUGCUUUCCGCAUCCAAAUUCUGGUUUCGUGAAAGAAGUGGGAAGAAGUAUGAGAUAGCUUCAUGAAAUGUGCAACUUUAUGUGGUGCUUGAAGGUAAAAUUUGAUUGUUAAUCUGUAAAAUAGCAUGAUCUUUAAUCCAUACAGUUUGCAGGAAGUGUAUUGGGCAUUUUUUUCGGUAGCCUGCCUGUGGAACAAACUCGGUAAGGAAUGAUCCGUGCAGGGAAUUUAUUUUGCGAAGUAGAUGGUAUUUGCUGAACCAUUUGAAUGCGCCAAUAUGGUAAUUUCCAAACCAUUUGAUUCGCGUUGAUAUGGGAACUUUGGAGAUAUAGGUUCUGUGUCACGUGUUCGAUACUUGCUGAAGUUCAUCCCUUUAUUGAUGGGAAUCUGAGAAAUUGUUUUAGAACAUUGGGGACAAGUUAACAGAGCAACUGUUGUUUCUUUUGUUCUCAAACUUUGUCUAUAGUUGUCCAUUUUCGUCUUCAAUCAAAUAAGUAAGAAGGCCAGAUGGUUGAUUUCUUUGUUCUUAAA